GUUGCAGGUGUUAAUGGGGCGUCAUGAGGGAGUCUGAAGCCCUAAAGAUAAAGAACAGACCCAGCAGAGGGUGUUCUGGUCAUUUGGUUUGCGAUGCUGACACUGGGGAUGUUUUGAUGCUGUUGGAUCAGUGCUGAACAGAUCGGGUGUUGAGUUGGGUGUUUGUCAACCGAGCGGAAUUAUGAAUCAAUUAUUCGGGUUCUUUCUGUCUGCUGUGGUGAUCUCUCAGUCGGCUUCGUCUGGAUCAGGAUGUGAAGGAGCAGGAUGUGGGAAAGCUGCUGGAGUCUCUGGAAAGCCAAAAGAACACGCGGAAUUCUUGAAUAAGUUCAACGAAAUGAACACGCAGACGGCGCAAGGUCCACACCGGAACGCAGAGGCCGUGUUACCGUUCAUAGGACUGACCGGAGUUUCUAAACAAAGCCGUACCUGCUGCAAGAAUGGUGGAACGUGUAUUUUGGGAAGCUUCUGCGCCUGUCCGAAGCACUUCACCGGCCGCAGCUGUGAAUACGACGAGCGCCUCAGUGAUUGUGGUGUGAUUCCACACGGAGAAUGGGUUCAGAAAGGAUGCUCGUACUGCAGAUGUGGAUAUGGACUCCUGCACUGCUUCCCGCAUGUGUUCAGCAAAAACUGUGACGAUUCUGAGGACGUUCGGUGGUACAGUUCAAGUUCCCACAGAACGCCGUCUUCUUCAGUUGUCAUGUUUGUUGCCUUUAUUUUACGCUUUCUACUGGAAGUUAGAUUUCUGAACUAGGUUUUCUACAUAAAUGCUCUAUUAGACUACGAACAAGAUGUUUAUUUUCUUUGACAUUUAGGGCAGCAUUUAUUGGUGGCACUGAAAUGCAUUUUUCUUCCAGUGGAAGUGUUACUAGCUGUGUUAAAAGCAACUGUUUAGUGAAGGAACAUGUACAUAGGAUUUAUAUUGAAAAUAUAUAUUGUGUGUGUGUGAGUCAAGUGCACAGCCAAACCAAAAUGACUUCUGUCUGUUUCUGUCUCUGUAUGAAUUUGUUACACAAGAGAAUGCACUGGCUAAAAGUUUUUUUAUUUUUUUUAUUUUUUUUUUUUAUUCAGCAUCUGUUUUGCUUUUCAAAUAUGCAUGUCAUGUGAACAAUGCGCUUGUUUUAAAGUCAAGUUCUGGAAACGUUGGUUUCGUCAGAGGAGAGAGAAGGAGAUAAUGCUCUGAUAUCCCAGCGUGAUCGUUGACCUUUCGGCUAUUUUCUCUUAUCUUAUAUAAACAAUCGUCCAGCCAAUCAAUCUCCGUGACUCUCUUGACCUUCUCCAGCUGCCCAGUGAUGUACUGUAACACUCUGUAUGAUUGAGAGAAUGAAUUUGUCUCAUCUAAUUAAAAUGUUCAUCAAUAACU